UUAAAACUGGCUUUAUUUUGUUGUCAUUUUCAGUCUCAUUUUCAUAAAUAAAGGAGGAAUUAUUUGAAAAAGUGAUUUUGAAGUUACAUAUUAUGAUUAGCUUUUUAUAAAAGUAGCCAAAGGCUUCCAAACAAACCUUUCAUGGAAACACUUUUUUGCAAGUUGUUGAGCUAAUGGUUCAUUCUCAAUCAAAUGUAUAGUCUUAUGUGCCAAUUACAUUGUAUAUCUCUAAAGUCAGCUGCUACUUUAAGAACAGUAAUCUUCCUGUAAUACUUUUUAAAAUACCGAAGUAUCCCUUUGAAUUGUUUUCUUUUUCAUUGCUUAACUGUUAGUUUAGAGCUGUGUAUGUGAUCAUGGGACAUUCAUUUAACUUUAGAAAACAGAAUAGUAUUUUGUUUUAGAGUUAGUACAUUGAAAAAUGGGUCAGAAAAUACAGAUUGGUUUUGUCAGUAAAAGUAAUCUGCCAUAUUUUAUGCUUGAAUUACUGAUAAUUUCACUUAUAUGCAUAUUAUAAUCACUCUGUGUUACAUACAUUUCUCCAUUUAGUUUUUAAGAUUUUUUAAGAAGGAACCUAGAAUAAAGAGCAAAGAUCUAGCUUCUUUAAUAUGUCCAAUUUCAGAUGUGAAGUAGGCAUCCUAUAUUAUGUUUUAUCAGGAAUAAUACAAUUUAACUUAAAGAUAUUGUUAAUAACAGAUACUCAGACUCUAAUUUACAUAGCUUUUGAACGUAUGUUUUCAAAGAACUUAGUAGCAUCCCAUACUGUGUUAUGUUUAUAGGUUUAGACCUCUCCCCCUCUAUUGAGCUCUUAACACUUUUAAAAUGGAAAACAAAUAGUAAAGCAAUUGCUAAAAAUGGCAGUUGGAGUAGCUUAAGAGUUUGAAUUGUUUGUUUAAGGACUGAAACCAAAUAUAAAAACUUUUAGUUUUAAGGGGAUUUUUUUUUCAUCAUUCAACAAGGAACUGAAAAUUACAAGGCUUAUUUGCAAUCUUAAUUAUUUACUCAAUCUGUUUCCUCCCACGUCUCUAAAUGGGAACGCACAACUUUAAUUUUAAAGGACAUGUUCCCAUAGGGAAAUAUAGAUAUCACUGUAAAACUUACGACUUUGAGUUAAGUAAAAAGAUUGUGGCCAUCACUGGCUUUUGAGCUGUAGAAGCAGAAGACAUGUACCUGCCCUUCGGGGGUAUUAGGGACCCGACUAAACACACUUAUUCUUCUUUCUGAUUGCCGGACCAUUCCCCAAAUAUUUGGAGCUCCACAAAAUAUCAGGACUUCAUCAAGAGCUCAGUUAAGGGUGAGAUCUCAAAGAUUAUUAUAGAGGACUCAUUCCAAAUACAGAACCAGUUAAGUUUGCAUGCUCCCUUCUGUUGAAGAAGUAUCAAGGGGUUUCCUGUCUUGGCACUACUUAGCAGCAGCUGCGGCUAUGUAUCCACUUGACAUCUGGUGAAAUUGUAGUUUCUGAUGGAGGAACAUUUAAAGUUGACAACUGUCAUUGAAACAACUGGUAUAUAGUUUUCAAAGACAAGCUAGAAACCAGUAAUAGACUAAGUACUUCAAUUUUGUUAAAAGAAACUGGGUAAAGGGUUCAAGUUAUAUAAGAUAGGAGAGUCUGGUUUUCCAGGUAAAGGUUCUGUCUCCUUUUCUGUUGGAGAUGUCAUUCAUCAACAUAACGAAGCCUAAAUUUAAAAGACUAAGACAAAAUGUUUACAAAUCACAUAAAAGUGAGGAAACAGCAAAAUUAGUAGUCAUUAGGAGAAAGCCAGGGAAGACAGGACAUUCAUCACAUCCUUUCCUCAUCUGCUUUCUUCACUGAGUCUCUGAGUGCUCAUUAAAUGCUUUCAAUACAGUGUAAUUAAGUGUAUGAACAUGGUUGUCAUGCUCCUCCAGGAAUCUUGAAACCAGGAAUGCCAGGUAUAUAACAGCGGGUUACAAAAGAAAACACGGAUUCUUAAAUCAGUGUUUUACUGUCAGUGCAGUGUUAAAUGUCAAUGCAACAUUUAAGUUGCAUUGACAUUCAUGUGUUGAUCGGAUUGUACAAUGUGAUGUGUGAGAUUUCUCGGGACCGUCGAAGCUCAGACAACUCCAGGGCUGCAAUUUACUCGUCUGGCCGCGGCUCCCUUGGCGCGUGGGGCUCUCCCGGCGCUUGGUCCCGACCCGCGCCGCAGUCAGGACACCACGCCGAUCUGGGGUCGCUUUGUAAGGAGCUCCGACCUCCAGGCAGUGCAGGGAUACUCGACGGCGCGCGAUGUCCCGGCGGCUCGGCGAGCCUGGCGCGCUGACAGCCCCAGCAGUCCGAGUCCUCGAGCUCGGGCGUCUUCGAGCCGCCGCCCCGCUCAGUGCGCCCGGGCACCGCGGCCGUGACGUCACGCCCGGGACUGGCCGUUGCAGCGAGACGGCCGCGUUCCGGUUCCGGUAGGUUGCCCGGGAGACGCGGGUACACAGAGAAGCGGCUCCCGUCGGAGGCCGAGUCGUCGCCACGAUCGCCCCCUUGGUGGACUCGCAGGCCAAGCCUCUUCCCCGCAGAGCUCGAGGAGGGCAGACGGCGGCGGGGGCGCCAUGAGUCAGAGGCAGGUGCUGCAAGUGUUCGAGCAAUACCAGAAGGCCAGGACCCAGUUCGUGCAGAUGGUGGCGGAGCUGGCGACUAGACCUCAAAACAUCGAGACGCUGCAGAACGCGGGUGUAAUGUCUUUGCUGAGAACUCUUCUUCUGGACGUGGUCCCAACAAUUCAACAGACUGCUGCUUUGGCUCUUGGGAGACUGGCCAAUUACAAUGAUGACCUAGCAGAAGCUGUUGUGAAGUGCGACAUUCUUCCACAGCUUGUUUAUUCAUUGGCAGAACAGAAUCGCUUCUACAAGAAAGCAGCUGCCUUUGUGUUACGAGCAGUUGGUAAACAUUCUCCCCAGCUAGCUCAGGCAAUAGUCGAUUGUGGAGCACUGGAUACGCUGGUCAUAUGCUUGGAAGAUUUUGACCCUGGAGUCAAGGAGGCUGCAGCCUGGGCACUUAGAUAUAUUGCAAGACAUAAUGCAGAACUGUCACAAGCUGUGGUGGAUGCAGGAGCUGUUCCUCUUUUAGUACUCUGUAUCCAGGAGCCAGAAAUUGCUUUGAAAAGGAUUGCUGCUUCGGCCCUCAGUGAUAUUGCAAAGCAUUCUCCAGAGUUAGCACAGACAGUAGUGGAUGCGGGAGCUGUUGCUCACCUAGCCCAGAUGAUCCUGAACCCUGAUGCUAAAUUGAAGCAUCAGAUCCUUUCAGCUCUCAGUCAGGUUUCAAAACAUUCCGUGGAUCUGGCAGAAAUGGUUGUUGAAGCAGAGAUUUUUCCAGUUGUACUUACCUGUCUGAAGGACAAGGAUGAAUACGUGAAGAAAAAUGCUUCUACUUUAAUUAGAGAGAUUGCAAAACAUACACCCGAGCUUUCACAGCUGGUAGUUAACGCAGGAGGGGUUGCUGCCGUGAUUGACUGCAUUGGGUCCUGCAAAGGGAACACACGGCUGCCUGGCAUCAUGAUGCUUGGUUAUGUAGCAGCUCAUUCUGAGAACCUAGCAAUGGCAGUCAUCAUUUCUAAGGGUGUACCCCAGUUGUCAGUCUGCUUGUCAGAAGAACCGGAAGAUCAUAUUAAGGCUGCAGCUGCUUGGGCCUUAGGACAGAUUGGAAGACACACUCCUGAACACGCACGGGCUGUUGCAGUCACAAAUGCUUUGCCAGUUCUGCUUUCUUUGUACAUGUCAACAGAAAGUUCUGAGGAUCUCCAAGUAAAAAGUAAAAAAGCCAUAAAGAAUAUCCUGCAAAAAUGUACCUACUUACCAGCCCUUGAACCAUUUCUAUAUGAUGCUCCUCCCAAUAUUCUGAAACAUGUGGUUGGACAGUUCAGUAAGGUGCUGCCGCAUGAUAGCAAAGCUCGACGACUUUUUGUAACAAGUGGUGGCCUUAAAAAAGUUCAAGAGAUAAAAGCAGAACCUGGUUCUCUCCUUCAAGAAUACAUCAACAGUAUUAACAAUUGUUACCCCGAGGAAAUAGUGAGGUAUUACUCCCCUGGAUAUUCAGAUACACUUCUGCAGAGGGUGGACAGCUAUCAACCACUUAAUAACUGAGCAAAGUUAUGUUUUGAUACUCAAAUUCACAGCAGAGUAGUUUUGAGUAACAGUAAUUAAAUCUUUCUAAAUAUUUGAA